GUUUGGAAUAUCUAUGUGCUGAUCGCUUUCUGGAGUGGCACACGCAAGCUCAUUUGGGGGAAGGAUCUAUACAAGACCAAGAUGUUUCUGGCUACCUUAUACUUCGCUUUGCCCUUAAUGGAAGUACUGCUGUCUGCAGAGGUGAACGGGCUGCUUGGAGGGGACCGUCUGGAUUGUGUGAAAGCCAGUGACCAGUGCCUCAGGGAGCAGAGCUGCAGCACGAAAUACAGGACACUGAGGCAAUGCGUAGCCGGCAAAGAGAGCAACUUCAGUAGGGCGACAGGCCUGGAGGCAAAGGACGAGUGCAAAAGUGCCAUGGAGGCGCUCAAGCAGAAAUCUCUUUACAACUGCCGCUGUAAGAGAGGCAUGAAGAAGGAGAAAAACUGCCUGCGUAUUUACUGGAGCAUGUACCAAAGCUUGCAGGGAAAUGACUUGCUUGAAGAGUCACCUUAUGAACCCGUCAACAGCAGGUUAUCAGACAUAUUCAGACUAGCGCCAAUUGUAUCAGCAGAUCCUGCCAUUUCAAAGGGGAACAACUGUCUGGAUGCAGCGAAAGCCUGUAACCUAAAUGAUACCUGCAAGAAAUUGCGAUCAGCUUACAUAACUCCCUGUACCAGCAGUGUGUCAAAUGAAGUCUGCAAUAAGCGGAAGUGUCAUAAGGCCCUAAGGCAGUUUUUUGACAAAGUUCCCCCGAAGCACAGUUAUGGGAUGCUCUUCUGCUCCUGCCGAGACGUUGCAUGUACAGAGAGGAGAAGACAGACUAUUGUUCCUGUGUGUUCAUAUGAGGACAGGGAGAAACCAAAUUGCCUGAAUUUACAAGAUACUUGCAAGACAAAUUACAUCUGCAGAUCUCGCCUUGCAGAUUUUAUCGCAAACUGCCAGCCAGAGACACAGUCUAUUAGUAGCUGUCUGAAAGAAAACUAUGCUGACUGCCUCCUUGCUUAUUCGGGGCUUAUUGGCACAGUUAUGACACCAAAUUAUUUAAACUAUAACAGUCUCAGCGUUGCUCCAUGGUGUGAUUGCAGCAACAGCGGCAAUGACCUAGAAGAAUGUCUGAAAUUUCUGAAUUUCUUCCAGGAUAAUAUAUGCCUUAAAAAUGCAAUUCAGGCCUUUGGCAAUGGUACAGAUGUGAACGUGUGGCAGCCGCUUGUACCUGUCCAGACUACCACUGCUUUAACUACUACGGCUUACAGAUCUAAAAGUCUGGGAUCUGAGAACACCAACAAUGAAAUACCCACUAACAAUGACUUGCCAGCAUGUGCCAAUCUCAAGGUACCAAAGCAGGGCUUCAAUGACUCUGUAGCAACAGAACUCUGUGUGACUGGGAAUGCAAUUGGAAAGGAAAGCGUGGCAGGAGGAUCCACCAGUCACAUGUCCUCCGAUAAUUCAUCUGCUCUUCGUUUAAGCAUCAGGCCAAGCACACUUCUCCUGCUGAUGGCAAUUGCACUCUCAUUCUGCAUGUGCCCAUGUUCAGCAGAAACCUUGUACCUGCUUUAACAAAAGGACCUGUACAAAGCAAAAUGAAAAAGGAAACCGAUCUGUUCCCUUUCCUCCUCAGUUGUUGAUCUGAAAUUACAGUUCUAGGAGUUAAGUUGAGGCACUCUGCUAAAAAUAGUUCUGGAUCGUCGUCGUCAUCAUCACCAUCAUAUUAUAUUGUUAUUAUUUCCUUGUUUUUGAAGGAAGCUUCUUGUGAUACUUAGGAGCUUUGUGAAAUACUCGAUACCGUACUACUUUGCCAACUCAGAAGGCUUUUGGACAUGCAGUGUUUUAAAAGAGAUGGAAUGCCAAUUUGCAUGUAAUCCAUCCAGGUUGGGUUCUUUUCUUUAUUCCUCAUUUUCCUUUCCUUCACUAUUUUAAUUCUAAUUUUAAGCCACGCUUCCUAAAAUCCCAUGUCUUUCACAUGCAGCCCCAUCAGCCAGGUUGUUCCCUCUGCGAGACCUGUUGUGAUGAAUGGGAUCUGCGCAAGAGCACUGUAGCACUUUUAUGCAGCUUCCAGUUAUUUCAACAUGAAGGCAGAGUUACUCCUAAACCAGUAACCUGAUAAAAACUAUGGUUUCUGCUGGAGGCAGAUGUAUAGUCAGGGUGGAUCAAGGGCUCACUGCUUUCCAGCAGGGUUGGGGUCUAGACUAUAAGCAAAACCCAUGCAUAGCAAACCCUGGGAUCCCUUGGGCUGUGCUAGCCACACACACACACACACACACACACACACAGCCCUGUUUCUGGAUGCCUGUUUCUGGGUCAGGAAUUAGUAGUGUUGUCAUCGCCCCCUGGCACACCACAGACCUCUGAGCAGAUAAGGGAAGCCCUGCAUAAAUAACUUCCUGGUAGAUGUCACCAUUGAUUUUUUUAAAUUAUUAUUAUUUUCGAAUUCAACCUGUUUUGAAGUAACGAAGGAACAGGCUAUUGACACAUGAUGAAUGUCUUCCUGGAGAGUAAGUUUUAUGAAACAUCUUCAUGUUUCUAGAUGGCUACCAAUGUUUUAAUGUUUAGCAUUCUCUUCCAUGUUUAUAUAUGUAACUGGUUUUGCAGUCCUUGCUGAGAAACCAUUAUAAGUUAUAUACCAGUAUAAUGCACAUAUUUUCUUCAAAGUUUCUUCAGAAAUAGAGAGUGAUAUUAAACUUUCUAACACUACUUCUAUUUUUCUGAUUAUGAUCAUUUAGCCUUAACAAGGGUUAAAAAUAAUCCUACAUUAACAAGAAACAACAGUUGUGAAUA